CGAGACCAGCUGGUCCACAGCCACAAUUGUAGUGAAUACUGCAUGACUCUCUCUCCACUCUGGACCUGUUAUAUAACGUAUAAGUCUCAGAGAGUGAGAGAGUGAGAGAGUGAGAGAGAGAGUGGUUUGGCAAAAUCUCCCUUUUAUUCAUAUCUGCCUCGGACCCUCCGAAAGAUUUAUAUAUUACCAAAAAAACAAAAAAAAAAAAAAAAUCCUAAGAAAAAAAACAUUAGCGUUUUUCUGUCUCUGCCACAGCUGUUGAUUUUGUUUCUCCUCCCAUGGUCUCUAUAUACUCUGUUUGUCACAUUCUUCUUGUUCUUCUCUUAGUCUCACAUAUGUGCUAAACAUCCUUCCUUUUUUUUCUUUCUGCUUGCAAGUAUUGUUUUUUAUUUAUUUAUUUAUUGGGUUUUGGGUGGUGGGUUUGAAUGGCCAAUGCAUCUGGGUUCUUUACUCCUUCAGUUCCCAGCUUGAGAAGGAGGAUUCAACCUCCAAUAGGGAUUUUCGGAUCUGGGUCUCGCUCCCCUGAGGGAUUCUCCACGAGGGUAUUUUGUUCCAGCACCACUGAAGGCGCAGACAAGCUUGCUUCUGGUGCUUCCUCUUCUGAAUCUCGGGUACCCAGGCUGGUCAGUCAAGGCUGCAAGUUAGUUGGAUGUGGCUCAGCAGUACCUACUCUGAAGGUUUCCAAUGAUGAUCUUGCAAAAUUAGUUGAUACUUCUGAUGAAUGGAUUUCUGUUCGGACUGGGAUUCGUAAUCGACGAGUUCUAUCAGGCAAAGAAAGCGUGACAACUUUAGCGGUUGAAGCAGCGAGGAAUGCUCUUCAAAUGGCACAAGUUGACCCUGAUGAUGUGGACCUAGUGUUGAUGUGCUCAUCUACACCCGAUGAUCUUUUUGGUAGUGCUCCUCAGAUCCAAAAAGCACUUGGCUGCAAAAGAAAUCCUUUGGCUUAUGAUAUUACAGCUGCAUGUAGCGGAUUUGUUCUGGGUUUAAUAUCAGCUGCUUCUCACAUUAGGGGAGCUGGGUUUCAGAAUGUUCUAGUAAUUGGAGCUGAUGCUCUUUCUCGAUAUGUUGAUUGGACUGAUAGAGGUACCUGUAUUCUCUUUGGAGAUGCUGCCGGUGCUGUAUUAGUGCAGGCUUGCGACAGUGAAGAGGAUGGCUUAUUUGGUUUUGACCUACAUAGUGAUGGUGAUGGCCAAAGACAUCUAAAUGCCCCCAUCAAAGAAAAUGAAAUGGAUAACACAUUGGGAUCUAAUGGUUCAGUGUUAGACUUUCCUCCAAAUCGAUCCUCAUAUUCAUGUAUUCAAAUGAAUGGCAAAGAGGUCUUUCGUUUUGCUGUACGAAGUGUGCCACAGUCAAUUGAGUCUGCCCUUGCAAAGGCUGGUCUCCCUGGGUCCAGUAUCGAUUGGUUACUACUUCAUCAGGCAAAUCAGAGGAUUAUCGAUGCAGUUGCUACACGGUUAGAGGUCCCACCAGAACGAGUCAUAUCAAAUUUAGCAAAUUAUGGUAACACAAGUGCUGCUUCCAUUCCAUUGGCAUUAGAUGAAGCUGUUAGAAGCGGCAGGGUGAAGGUAGGCCAUACUAUAGCAGCUGCAGGCUUCGGGGCAGGCGUUACUUGGGGUUCUGCUAUUCUCAGGUGGGGAUAAAGCUUCACUUAAACGGCCAAUCACCAAUACAGAAGACAAGAUUUUGAUAUGAAGUGCAGUGCAGCUCUCCUCUAAAUCUUGCUUCCCAUUCCAUUUGUAUUACAGAUAUUCUUGGGGGGGGGGAGUUUUUCUAGUGUCACAUUUUCCCUUGUCCCCCCCUUCUGUUUGUUUGUAUUUUGUUAAAUUUUAGCUUUGAUUGACACCCUCAAUAAAUUUGAUUCUUUUCCGUGAA